UGUCAGCUACUUUACAGCUGAGAAUGUCAAUGUCAACAAAAAAUCAUAAACAAAGGAGCAGUUCAUGAUUUGUUUUGAUUGAUAAUAAAUAAAUUGUUGGUUUAUUUCACAAUAUUAAAGCAAAUUUAUAUUUUUUGUUUGGUCUUUAUCUACGUCUGAUUAAUAUUUCACAAUGGCUACAAUGGUGAAGGAGAAGAAACGGGAGAAAAAGAAAGUCAAAGAGAAACACGUACCUAAUAAUGUAGUAGCAGCAUCGGAACCAUUGAUAUCUGCCAGCAUACAACAUGUACAAAAUGAUGUUGAGUAUACCACCGAAACAGUUGCAUCUUUUGUUGAAAAUGUUGAUAUAACAUCUGUCGAUAUCGACGUAGACCCUAGUAUAUGUCAUGAACAAAUUACGAACGUUAUAUCCAAUGAUCUUCCACAAGGUAUUGAACAAACUGUGUCAUAUAGUCUAAAUUUAGAAUUUUCUCAUGCAAACACUUCCUUUAGAGUAUUAGAAGAUAAGCAGUUGAUUAGCCAUAAGCAUAAUGAGACUGACAUAUCAAAGCCAUUGAGGGAUGAGUACCCAGGUGGCACUUAUGAAGACUUAAAUUUGAAGAUGCAAAGAAUGCAAAUUCCAGUUGUCCCGUUGAAUGUUGAACAAGAAGUCUCCUUGGAGGCACCUGGUGAAUAUAUCAAAGACACCAAUAUAACAUUAGAAGAGCAAAAAGUAGAUGUCUCUCAAGAUAAAGUGUUACCUUCUGCUCCAGUCUUUGAGGAAAUGUCACAACCAGAAAAAACAUGUCAGGAAAUCAAAAUUGAUAAAGAGGUUGUAGCUAAAGCUAAAUGUAUGAGUUUGGAGGAGGCUGUGUGGCUGUUUGGUGGAGAGGCAAUUGCGGAGGUUAGGGUGAUGAGUGAGCGGGAAGAGGCUAUAGUGGAAGUUGGGCCGGUGAGUGGACCUGACCAUCCCUUGGUGGACUUGUUGUCAACAUUAAGGAGCUCUCUAAUAUGUUUGGAAAGGGAGAAAUCACAGUUAUUGAAGAGUUUCUACGAAGAAGAGAAAUGCAGAUGUAGACUGUGGACAGUGGAGAAACGGACCUUAUAUCUCACUGACACGUGUCAAUGCGGUGCUUCAGUACAGUUCCUGGGGAAGUAUGAUCAUGCGGAGUUCCAAUUGGAGAGGCUGCCGGCUGCUAGGAUGAGGUUGACAGCUCUCUUAAGAGAUGUGCAAGAGAGUUAUUGUCAUCAUCAACACUCAGCUUUGGUAGCUUUUUAUCAGAUAGAAGACUACCUCUCUCACGUUGUAAGAGCUAACAAAAAUGAAAUGAGAGAAUCACUCAGCCUCAUAUUGCAAGCGUUGAAACUGAGUGACAGUGCGCCCAUAGUGUUAUCCAAACUGUUGGAGCGGUGGGCUGGCAUGCUGAGCUCUGUGCUGGUUGAUGCCAGGGACCCGAGGCAGCUGCUGUUUCUGAUACAUCAUUUGUUCAGACAAAGUCGUUCAGUGCGCUGGGCCUCACGAGCUAUUCAGCUUAACGUGUCAGACCGCGUGUCCGGCGCGCGCGCACUCGCCGUGCUCGCCGCCAUGUUGGCGCGCCCCGCGCCCGACUCCGCUGUCGAGUGUACUGAGGACAUAGAAGAAGCGUGGGAGGAGGUCCACGCGAGCGGCGGUGGCGGAGCAGUCGAUGACGGCGCUCUGAGGGAGAGAGACCUCUUGUCGUUGCUCCGAGCCAUUCCUUUGCGAUCGCUUGUGGCCAAUCUGCUGCUGACACAGGCAGACAUAACCAAAGCCCGCGAACAAGACUUCCAUGACCCCACUGGGGGGCACGGGGUACUCCGCGCUAGUAGCGGCGUGCGCGCACUCUUAGCAACGUUUCAGAGCGCUAGAGAUGCGCACGCGCAUUACCACAGAUUGCACAAAAUUUUGAGGAGGAUAACGGAAAGUGCCUUGCAGGGAUUGGCCGGGCUACACCUACUAAAUAAGUCAUCGUACUCAGCAGAGAUGCGCACACGCAUACCGCCCGAGCUGGAAGCUAGUUUCGCAGCGGGGCUCGCCUUGUUUGGUCAACACGACCUACAUCGUAUACCGACGACGUUGCUCACUGAGAACACUGCUAGAGAAUUCUGCAUGGAACUGAUGUUUCAACUUCACGACACGACUCCACAUCAAGUUAACAUCUUGGAUGUAUGCCUCCCGCCAUUGAGCUGCGAGGCGCGUGUAGAAAUAGUAUCCAAAGCGGCUGUAUUGCGGUGUAACGAGCACGAGCUUGCUCGGAUCGUUCUAGAGUUCUUGAUGCAGACUGGUCUUAAGAAGAAGUCGGUUCCCUGCAAAGGUGGUUGCGAAGCGGCCGCUCGGAACAGAUUGCCGGACCUUUUGGACGCUCACCCUUACCUCUACACCAUCGCGUUACAUCUCAUUGCGGACAUGAGCCUGGUAGAAACCCUAGAGGCUUCAUGCCUGAAGUACAUCAGUGUUGACAAAUGGCGGCCCAACACUGGGGAGCUGUUGGUGGUGUUGGAGGACUGGUCCCAACGUUGCCCCUCCAUGCUUCAGCAGCUGAUGACCAGUCUCACCUACACUCAGCAUUGUGGCUUAUCCCUCCAAAGUCAACUGACCUUGGCUACUUGGCUUUGCAACUGGUCUCGCAGCCAACCGCCUUGUGAAUGGCGUUGGACGGUAUUGAGGAGAUUACGGAUACACCGCGCCGCCUGGCGAUUACCGUUGGACGCCCCGGAUCCGGACCCGGAGCCGGAUCCGGCGGAUCUGUUUGGCACUGCGCACGCGCUGUUGGCUACGUCGUGGGGGCAUUCUGUACCGCUGAUAUGUGCUCGUGGCGCAUCGGCUUUAUGUCGCCUGGCUAAUGUGAGGCCGUUGGACGCGGCGCACUGUUUGUCUGUCAUACUGCUCGCUAUGGCUGCAUCUCCCGACUCCAUCUCUCUUGCCAGCAAAUUCACGGAGUUCUUCAGCGUAAUGGAAAAUUCUGGACCGGGUUUGGUACAAAGGGCCCUAGGACUUGGAGGUGUCGACGGCACGCUGCUGCUACAGGCAGUCAUGAUGGCUCACCUGGGAGAUGACAAGGAUCCGGUCGAUUACCAGCUCAAUAAAUCGAUGAUGUUACGUACGUGGCUGCAUGCUCUGUGGCGCCCCGUGACGUCACCGGCCACCGCCGCGCUAAUAGACACCGCGCUGUUGAUGUCCAGAGACUUCCAUACAGCCAUGGACUACGCUAUGAAGCUCACGCAAGAUUUAACGAAGGACCAAGCGUCGCAAUGGAUCAAACUAUCAAGCAAUGCUCCUCAAGUAGUUGAAUGCAUUCUCCGUGCACUUCUCGUAAAAGAAGAACAAGGGGGAAUGUUGGAUCGUCUGCUUGACACGCUUCACUUGCAGAGAACGGCCAAUGUUAGGAUCAAUGUGGACGCCGCGUUACAGCAACUUGGCACGGGGCUGAAGUCGGACUCGGUAGUGAUCCAUCGCGCGAGCUCCGCCGCUGUCUCCGCCCCACACUCGCACCCAGCUCACCUCAUGCUGUGGAGGCUGCUCGUCAACCUGUGGCUGCGCCGGCCGCCUGGCACGACUGGCACGGGGCUGAAGUCGGACUCUUUAGUGAUCCAUCGCGCGAGCUCCGCCGCUGUCUCCGCCCCACACUCGCACCCAGCUCACCUCAUGCUGUGGAGGCUGCUCGUCAACCUGUGGCUGCGCCGGCCGCCUGGCAGUCUGCCAGAAUCAACACCGCCUGUCGGUCCUUUAUUCUUCAGUGGCAUAAUGAAAUCCCGUACACUAUCUUCCAUAAAGAGACGACUGCAAGACACCAUCGCUUACCACCAAAACGAAGCUACAACUUACAAAACGUUACAAGACUCCGAGCUAAAACCAGAUUCGAGCCAAGAAGUGGUCGAGAAACCUAGAGAAAACAAAUCGGACGAGUUUCCUGCGUCGUUAUCGAUUACCGAUUUCACUGAAUCGAGCGAAUCGAGUGACUCGGAAGAGUCUGAGGAUGAGUCGAGGGGUGUGAUCGUGGUGGAUUCGUCGACGGAGGAGGAUAAGGAUUCAUUCCAUAUGUAUUGUUACCACGUCGCUGCUGAAAAAAUGCUCCGCGAGUACCUCCGCUGGCUGGAGGAAGGUGACAAAGCUCGGGCGCUUCCUUAUCACGCUGAGAUAUCCAGGUUCAUACCCGAACAGGCAUUACAUGCAGCGUGGCGGCGCGUGAUAGCUCAGAGGCGCCCCAACAUCGAGUGCAGUUUCCCGCUGCCUACCCCGCCGCCAAACCCCCCGCCGCCGCAGCCAACAGUGUCCCAGAGAACUAUUGACAGCAUUCUGAUGAUAACAGACAGGUCCACUCAAAGAAGACGAACCAUAUCAUUGACAUCGGCCCUCGGAGACCAGAACGUUUCGGAUGCGCGUGCGCUGCUCUCCCUCGUCGACAAACAUCUGCAAGUCAUCGAGAGAUACGCUAGGGAAUGGCGGUCAGAAGUGUCCCGUAUUACCUCCUUGGACGACAAGUUGUUGGCACUAGUGAGGUCUCUCAGAGUCCCUCGGGAACUCCCGCCCCAACAUGUGCAAUGCGCUAACAAUUGCAAGCCUUGUACGCUUAUACCCCAGGUUCGAGAAUGGUGUAUUUCGACUGGAGUCGAGGAAGGAAUCAGAGAAAAUCGGCGAUCAGCUCUCGCGUCCGUCCGUCGCCUGAGCAGACCAGCGUUGCCUGUAGUUCGAGCCGCGGUGGCGCUACAAGCGUUAGCCAGGAGUGUGGGAAGCACGGCAACAGCGCGGCGCGUGGUGGAGCGCGCGUGGCGCGGCGUUGCCGCUUGUAGCGGGUGUCUGCCGGCGCACGCCGCGCUCGGGGCGACCUGCCGGAGCGUCGCCGAGCGUUGGAUAUGCCACGACAGCGUCUUAUGCGCCGAACUCCUCUCCAGCUGGAGUUCGGAACUGUCGAGCGGCGACAGCGCGCUGCGACUGUCGCUGUGCGACUCGCUGGUGGGCGUGCUGCAGCUGCCGCCGCGCGCCUGGCCGCCGCUCUACACGGCGCUGCUGGCCGCCCCGCUGCCGCCGCACGCCGCCUUCAGCUACCUCAGCAAGUUUGACGUGUCACGAUGGGCUAGUUCCUUGCCACCAGAGUGUCGCGACGCCAUGUUGUCGUCGCUGUGGGACGCCGCCACUCGCUGGGGCGCCAAGCCUGACCACCAAUAUCAUAUCCUUCUAGAACUAAUCGGCGUACACACAUCCGCACUGCUGUCCAAUACAGAACUGUGCUCGUACAUUGCUCGCUGCGCUCGGGCGAGCGUGGCGUGUCGCUUGCCGCCGCAGCAUUGGACACACGUGCUGCGAAGCGUCGCUAUUCACGCUGGCAGUGUGCCUUUAGACGAGCUGGGCCAUCUCCUCCGCGAUUUAGGCUGUGUGUGGUGGGAAGCUCGCUCUUCAAAACAGUCGAGUGAAACUCACGAGCUAUACUCUUUAUACGCUCCUCACAUAGCGCAACUGUUGGCAACACUACAGCAGGCCUUCGUCGCGGCUGCUGUAGCUCUCAGCUACGCACCAGAGAGAGUAUGCAUGUACGCGUGGAGUGGCGCCCGAGAAUCGUGGUCUCCGUGGGUACAGCCGGCCACGCAUCCGCCGCUGCCGCAGGCCGAAGACAUGCUUCACAACUGGGCGGCCGCGUUGUUGCACACUGUACUUGAUUGUGCUGGUAUUGAAGAACAUCUACUAGGCGAGGUGUGGGAGUGGGCAUCGAACACAUACCUAUCUUUAGCGACGUCGGGUAACCUGACCGAUGACGUCACGCGCGACCAAAUGUGGUCGCUGCUGCGAGAGUUGAAGCAACUGUCGUUCAACCGGCCCUGGUUUAGUGCCAGGCAUGUCCAUACCGCUUUACAGAUAUGCCGAGCCCAGCACUCGGAGAUCCGCACGUGGGUCGCCUUCACAACGCGAGGUUUCUCACCCAAUGUAGCGCUUACACGGAAUGAGGCAGAAUUAGCGCCACAACUGGCCGCUCUGCUGUGCCUCUUCACGGCACCAAAUGUACCUUAUGCUGACCAGACCCUGAAGGAAGCGUGCAGACUGCCAUGGCAUCGUUUACCAGAGGUGGCAUUAGACGAGGCCUUAGAGCGGUUCUUCAUGGAGCACUACAACCUCACGCUGAGCUACCACGAAGCCCCUCAUUUCAGAGUGCUACUUAGCGCAUGUGAGCUGAUUCCAAUGGAAGAUGACAACGGAUUGACGAUGCGGAUUGACAGUGUGGCGCGACAGAAGCGCCAACGCGGGGUCGCGGCGUGGCAGCGAGCCGCCAGCGCGCCCAAACUGAUAGCGCAUGCGCCCGCGCACGCUACUGCUGUGCUCCGUACUAUCACAAAGAUAGCGCCGUACUUGGAAUCUUCUCCACUUGAGGUGGAAGAGUUGCUCUGCCGCGCCAUCCUCAUCAUGUGCAUAGAACCAGCCGGCUCCGCUGUUGUGCCCGUAUGGCAGAAAUGGGUGUCAACAUGUCCCCCUCGAUUAGUGUCUGCGUGCGUGUGGAGUGUCAGCUCUCUCACGGCCCUGGAGCCCUUCGCCGCAGUGGCCGACGCGGCUGCGCGAGCGCUGCUGAACACACAAGAGAGCGCGGGCUGGGCGGAGAUCCGGCAGGCGUGGGCGCGCAGCGCGCGGGCGGGCGCGGCGCCGCUGUGCGCCCGCGCGCGCGCGCACGCCGCGUACGGCGCCGCGGCCGCGCGCGCGCACGGCCCGCGCUCGCUGCGCGCCGCCUUGUUGGCGCUGCUCGCCGCCGAUAUCAACUUCAUAGAAAACAGUGUGAUAAUAUCGACAUGGAUCUGCCUCGCGUGCAGAACAGCGCUGGCCUGCUCUCUCGUGACGGACUCGAACCCGGAGCCCCGCGAGUGUACGGCGGCCGCCACUGCCUUGCUGAGCCGCUGGGCCGAGACCAGGAGGAAUCUGUUGAGGCUGGUCAGACAGCAAGCGACGGUGCCGACGGCUGAGCACAGAAUACUCUGCAACUUAGCGCUAUGCGUACUAUCGCCGAACAACGAAUCAUCCAUUCGCGGGUUCGAAUCCGCGUGCAGUUCCGUCAACCCCGCUAUAAUAGGGGACGCCAUCGCCUGGGGGAGGAAACCUAGUGUGUCUUUGGUGCCGAGGCUAGCCAUGAGGUUCCAUCCAGCUCAGGAGGUGUACUUCAAAGAGGAAUUGGAGAUGGCUGUCGAACUAGAGAAAUCUAUGGGAAAGUGAAUUGGGAAGACUGAAAAAGUAUAAAAAAAUUAGGUUAUCUUAAUA